AGAGUUGUCGUUCCGGAGAGGUGGUCAGGGUCCAUCACGUGGCCCGCACGUGGCCCUCUAAAAUAGGCGCCUGCCUCACUUCUGCAGGCCUGCUUUCGCAGUAUAUUCAGCGCUCCUCGUGCUUCCGGCUGGCUUUUUGCGAGGCCAAUCAGCGCCCAUCGCUAGCGACUGGCACACUUGUUUGUUCACCCGCACAAUUCAAUGCCGCGUGGUGCGGCGUGCAUGGCGGCGCUGGCCAAGGCGAGCGCCGCGAGGACCUGUCUCAGACAUCCCAGACAAUCGCCGCUAGAGCUAACUUUUCCAGGCAUUGCACUCUGCCGCUUGCGUCGCCCCCCGCCCAGGACUCGCCCACUAAAAACAGCGGUCCCGCCGUCUCGACCACCAUGUCUCUUUCGUACCUUUCUCCCCUCCCCGACUUUGUCGACCAGUUCUUGGAUCUCGACGAGCUCUCCUCCAACAGCCCCGAGAACGACGCCCCCAGCGAGGUUUCCAUCCUCUCUGGCGCUACGACCCCCUCAAAGUCGCCCGCACUCCCUCGUCUCCCUCUCGAGGGUCUGAACCUGGCUCUGGCUCUCGCCAAGUCCAACACAACCGACUCGUCCAAGGCGUUUGGUGUCUUUGACGACCCCAACCCGUUCUCUUGCGACUCGUCUCAGCAGAGCGUCACCAACAAGAUGUCCUCCGCCACCAACUGUGACAACGAUCUGCUUGCCGUGCUCUUUGGUACUCUUCCGGACGCGAGCCAGCCUGCACCCACGGGGUUCGAGGACCCUCUACUCUUCUCCUGGGAGGACACGUUUUUGGGCCAAGCUCUUGCCCAGCUGAACGCGCCCCCUGCAGCUUUCGACGCAGACGCCGACAUUGCCGCCCUGGCCUCGGCUGCCAAUGCGUCCAAGGUCUUCCCCGUGACGCCCAACGUGCCGAUCGCUCUUGGCCCGUCGGCCACCACGUCGACUUCCUCCGGCUCCUCGCCCCUGUUUGCCGAAGUCUUGCUGUCAUCAGCCUCGGACGCGGACCGCAAGGCCCCAUUGUCUUUGGCGAGCCCCGCCCCCUCGGCGCCCAACCCAAUGCUUUCGCUCAAGCGCAAGCUGAGCGAGACGGAGGAUGCAGACCUCGGCAACGCCGGGAUGUCGGCACCAGUGCGCACCUACAAGCGUCGCCAGUCGACCAAGGUCAGCCCGACGCUGCAGCAGAUGGCUGCCGCAGCGUCAACGGGUUCUCCUGUAUUCACUGAAACGCCGCAGGGCGCCCUCGGCCCUUCCCCCCCUGCGCCGACACCGGGUCCAGUCAAGGCGCGGAAGACGGCCACCGUCCGACCCAAGGCGGCCACCGCUCGACCCAAGGCUACUGUACCUGAAAAGUACAUGGCCGACGCGCAACAGUUAUCGGGCAUGUCGCGUGCUCAGAUUUUGUCGUACCCGACCUUUGAGGCGCUGCUGCGCGACGUCGAUGAGGCCCGCCUUCCCCCUCUUAUCCGUCUUGGCGAGCAGAUCACUCUGACUCGCGCCAGGGCUGCGGACUCUGCCCAGAAGUCGCGUGAGGAGGCCCAGCAGCGCAAGGAUGCUGUCCACAAGCUCGGUGGCCAGGUCAAGGUUUUGGAGGACAAGGUCGAUACGCUCAACGGCAAGCUUGACAGUGUUCGCACAUUUUUGCUGGAGCAGGUCCACCGCGGCGUUUUUACUGUGUCGCAGGUCCAGCAGUUCCUCUGAGCUGGUCUGUCGCAUCGGCUGCAUGGCCAAUCCACUGUUCCACGCUUGCACAUUCAUCCGCUGUUAACGCGCUCGCAAUCCAGCGCGUCCCCCGCACAUGUCCUCAAGUAUGCAGCUUGUCAUAGCUGUUCGAAAUGGCCCAAGUGCCAUUCCUCAAGGUUCUCGUUCGUCGCACAAGCCGCGAGGAACGAGCGAUGUCGAGCCUUAUACGAGGUG